ACCCGCCUGCCCGCGCGGCCGCCCGGGGUCCCCGAAUCGGCGCCGUCACCCCCAUAGGCCCCAGUGAGACGAGCUGCUUCUCGCGGGUUCUGCGUGACCUGCGCUGGCUGGACAACGAUGCCCUUCCUGGGCCAGGACUGGAGGUCGCCUGGGUGGAGCUGGAUGAAGACAGAAGACGGCUGGAAGCGGUGCGAGCCCUGGGGCGAGGGCCUGCAGCCCGGGAGCCGUGGCCUUAUCUUAAAUAGUGAAGAUGAAGAAAAGUUCAACAAUGAAGAGCGUGAAUAUGUAUCCAAAAAAAGGAAAAAGGACCAUUUUAACAAUGACGCAAAUGCUCAGUGUUUUUAUCGGGAAAAAUGGAUCUAUGUCCACAAAGAAAGCACAAGAGAAAGGCACGGCUACUGCACACUGGGGGAGGCCUUCAACCGCCUGGACUUCUCCAGCGCAAUCCAGGACGUCCGGAGGUUUGACUACGUGGUCAAGCUGCUACAGCUCAUUGCGAAAUCCCAGCUAACUUCGUUGAGCGGUGUGGCGCAGAAGAACUACUUCAACAUUUUGGACAAGAUCGUUCAGAAGGUGCUGGCUGACCACCAGAACCCUCGCCUGGUCAAGGGCCUGCUGCGGGACCUGAGCUCCACCCUGUGCCUGCUCCUCCGGGGCGUGGGCAAGUCCGUGCUCGUGGGCAGCAUGGACGUCUGGGGCUGCCGGCUGGAGGCCGUCCUCGCCUGGCAGCAGCAGCUGCAGAGCCUGCAGAUGACUGAGCAGGUGCGCACAGGCCUGACGCUCAGCGACCUCCCCCUGCACACGCUCAAUGACAUCCUGUACCGGCUCUCGGACGGCUGGGACGUGGUCACCUUGGGGCAGGUGAGCCCCACGCUGCACGCGCUCAGUGAGGACAGGCGGCUCUGGAAGACGCUGUGCCAGUACCACUUCGCGGAGCAGCAGUUCUGUAGACAUUUGAUCCUUUCAGAAAAGGGCCACGUGGAGUGGAAGCUGAUGUACUUCGUGCUGCGGAAGCGCUACCCGCCCCGGGAGCAGUUCGGGGACACGCUGCACUUCUGCCGGCACUGCAGCCUGCUCUUCUGGAAGAUUUAUUUAUUUAUCUAUACAAGCACUGGGGACAGUCAGAAGCGCGGGAGGGUGAGAGAAUCCACCAGAGCCAGAGCGGGGAGCAGAGCAGGCAGACCGACGAAAUACACUGCUGAGGGGAGGAGCGGGCAUGGCAGGAGAGGUCUGCGCGCCAUGUGGGACCCUCGCCGGCGGCCGGGGAUUGAACCGGAGCUGCAGAGGCUGCGGGCAGCUUCCCAACCCAGCACUCAACCUGCUGCGCCACCAGGGAGGCCCAGGAACAGUUGUUUUGAAAAGCAGAAUGAACCAUGGUGUGGACCAGCAGGCGGGGCUGGGACGCCUGGCCGCCUCCUGCCCCGGGGUGCCUAGGCGGACCCCGUGAGAGGUGCAUCUGAGAGCCCGGCAGUGCUGGGGUCCCCGCACACGGCCUGUGCAGCCCCGCUCUGUCCACACUGCCAGGCCCCACAGGGCCCCUCCGCAGGUGUGAGCUCUGGCUCCGGCUCCUCUUCCCAGAGCCGUGCCCAGAGCCAGCCCAGACAGGCCGCAGCCGUUUCCUCCGCACUGGUCAGAGUGAACGCGACACCCCACGUCCCUGCAAACCGCGCCCUUUGGUGCGAGGCCCUGGAGCGUCCCCUCCGGCAGUCUGGCUCUGGCGUGUGUGGCGGUGGCCACACGGCCCCAGCACCUCCGCAGUGAGCAGCGUCCACUCCAUGGGCGCUGUGGGCCCUGCCAGUCCUGGUUCACCUCGCGGUUGAGGGUGUCUGACGUGCGAUGGCGCUGGCGCCUCCGUUGCCGCUGACAGUCCCAGCGGCCAGGGCUGCAGGAGCCCCAGCUGCCUGGAGGGGACAGCUCUGCUUAAGACGCACAUGUUGCGCAGGCGUGCCCAGCUGGCCUCUGCGGCUGGGGGCACAUCCGGGCCGGCCAGCCCCUGCGCCACGAUAGAACCUCGGCCAGAGCCGGAUGUGCCGGGCCGGGUGUGGGCCCUGGCUACGCGCCGGGGCUGCGUGAGCAGAGCGGCGCGUGGCUGGACUCUCGGACAUGUGAGGAUAAAUGGCUUCCGCCUCGGCGCCACACGGUCCCAGCCUCCACACGCAUGGGGCGCGGGGCUGCCCGCCUGCUUCCAGGCACGACGGGGUCGUGUCACGCCUUCUGCUGCCCACCUGAGGUGGGACAGGGGCUGCCGGCGUCAGGGCCUGGGUGGAGGGUGGCCCCUGCGCCUGGCCUCGUGCCUGGUGGUCUCAGUGAUGUCCAUGACGCGUCCUGCCCACUGCGGCUGACCUCUGCUCUCCUCCCUCCCGCUCUCCCCCGGCUCUGCGCC